AUGCCAUCCUCUGAGGCAGUGAAUGAUAAGACAUUACCGAGCGUUCAGGAGCUUGCCAAAGAGCCCCUGAUUGCCAUCCCACGCCACUAUGUUCAAGCUCAUCAAGAACCUACUGCUCUCUCUGAUAGCUUUUCCUUGCCAAUAGUUGACAUGAAAAACUUGAUUAUAGGAGAAGCCAAGGAUUUAGAACUGGAAAAUUUGCACUCAAUCUGCAAAACCUUGGGCAUCUUUCAGGUGGUGAACCAUGGAGUUAGCUCUUUGCUGGUUGAAAAACUGAAACAUGAUAUUGAAGAGUUUUACAAGCUUCCUGUGGAAGAGAAAUUCAAGGUGAAGCCUGGUGAUGUUGAAGGGUAUGGUUCUACCAUGAUCCAGUCUGAACAUCAAAAGGCUAACUGGGGAGAUAGGUUUUAUAUGAUAACCAACCCCCUCCAUAGGAGGAAACCACACCUGUUGCCCGAGCUCCCUAUAUCACUUAGGGAUACAAUUGAGUCUUAUCUAUCAGAGCUGCAAAAACUUGCCAUGACUAUCUUUGGAUUGAUGGCAGUAGCACUAAAGAUUGAUAAGAGAGAGAUUGAAGAGAUGUUUGAGGAUGGGAUGCAAGCAGUGAGGAUGAAUUACUAUCCUCCAUGCCCACAAUCAGAGCUAGUGACGGGCUUCAAUCCUCACUCAGAUGCUACUGGAAUUACAAUCCUCCUAGAAAUCAAUGGAGUGGAAGGCUUCCAAAUUAAAAAGGAUGGAGUUUGGUUUCCUAUUAAGUUCCUCCCAGAUGCCUUUGUUGUCAAUGUGGGAGACGUUUUUGAGAUCUUCAGCAAUGGUAUUUACAACAGCAUAGAGCACAGGGCUAUGGUGAAUGCAGUAAAAGAAAGGAUCUCCAUUGCCAUGUUCUUCAACCCUAAAUUUGAAGCAAAGGUUGGACCAGCAAACAAUCUUAUAAAUCCACAUAACCCUCCAUUAUUUAGAACUGUUACAAUGGAGAACUACUUUAAAGACUUCUUCUCUCGUAAACUCGAUGGGAAGUCAUAUCUGGAGCACAUGAAGCUGCAAAAUUCAGAAAUUUACACCAAUUGAGGUUGAUUGGUGAUGUUUAAAAUAAAAUUGGUAUAUUGUAUUAUGGUUUUGAGCACGUAGCUCUUUAGUGUAUAAUAACCUAAAGAAUAAAGGAGGAUAUUAUUAUUAUGUAUUUAUAAAUAUUGUGUGUAAGAAAGGCCAGUUUUAUAUAAUGAAUGCUU